CGGGCAGGAGCGGCGGCGGGAGCCCAGGGACCGCUCUGUGCCCUCUGGGAGCCGCGGGGGACGGCCGGGCUGUGCCGGCGCUGCGGCGUGAGUGCCAGCAGAGCAGAGCGCCGCGCUGCCGGACCGCGCACGCCUCAGAAGCUGCCUGGACGCCGCCGAAGCCCUUCCCGACUAAGGAAGACCCGGAAGCUGAGAGGACACGUUAGCCACGGGCACGGCCGCGUUGGCAAACACAGGAAACAUCCUGGCGGGCGUGGUAAUGCUGGUGGUAUGCACCAUCACAGGAUUAACUUUGAUAAAUAUCACCCUGGUUACUUUGGAAAAGUAGGCAUGAGACACUAUCACUUGAAGAGAAACCAAAAGUUCUGUCCUACUGUCAAUUUGGAUAAAUUAUGGACGCUUGUCAGUGAGCAGACGAGGCUCAAUUAUGCAAAAAAGGAGGGAGGACUGGCCCCAGUCAUUGAUGUUGUGCGCUCAGGCUACUACAAAGUCCUGGGCAAGGGGAAGCUGCCCAAGCAGCCUGUAAUUGUGAAAGCAAAGUUCUUCAGUAGAAGAGCAGAGGAGAAGAUCAAAGAAGUUGGAGGUGCCUGUGUGCUUGUGGCAUAAAAGCCUUUGUUUUAUUCAAAUUUUUUGAAUAAAGAUAAUGUGUAAGGUGGGCUGAUUUACAGAAA